AUGUUGUGUGCUUUGCGAGCGCGCGCGCAAGUGGGCGUGCGGCUGCCGCUGCCGCUGCCGCUGCUGCUGCGGGUGCCGAAUAUGGCUCUGCCAGUCACAGUGCGGUGGGCGCAUGUGGGUGAGGGCAGCGCAGCGCCGCCCGAGCAGCCGCGAACCAAUCCGCUGGGAAUACAGUAUCUGAGUGAGUCGUUGCAGCAGCAGGUUUUCCCCGGUGCGACAGGGCACAGCGAGGAUCCCGAGCUUGUGAAGCUGGCGAAGUUGUCGCUGAGUAACCACGAUCUGCUUGGCAGGAAGACUACAAUUACAAAACCGAUUGCGUUCAAAUUACCGGAAUUGCAAGGCAGCUCGCUAGAUGAGCAUUUCCAAAGACUGGGCCUGUAUGCAUCCGAGCCAUACAGAACGAUGGCCCUCGAAAAGUUCAAGUCGAUACCAGAAAAACCGAAAAAUUGGAUAAGAAAACCAGGGUGGUACAGGUACGAAAAGGGGAAAGAACCCACAAGAGUAGAUUUUCCAUCGGAGGACACGCUGGUGUUCGAUGUCGAGACAUUGUACAAGAUAUCACCAUAUCCAACGUUAGCUACAGCGGUCUCCGACAAGGCUUGGUACCUAUGGUGCUCACCAUAUAUCUGUGAUCCCAAGGACUCAGAUAAGCACGAAGUAUAUGAACAUUUAAUACCAAUGGACACGCUGAACAAGGAGAAAUUGAUUAUCGGCCAUAAUGUCGGCUAUGACAGAGGGAGGGUGCUGGAAGAAUAUAAUCUAAAGCCAUCGAAGGCUUUCUUCAUAGAUACAUUGUCUUUGCAUGUAGCGACAGCAGGUUUGUGCUCCAGGCAAAGACCACUGUUCCUGAAAAAUAAGAAAUUGAAAGAGAACCUCACCGCCGAACCGGAAGAAAUUGAAGAGGUCACCGAGGCAUUGGAAUUGAAUGAUGUUGCAGAUCCGUGGCUCAAAGUAUCUACCAUGAAUGCAUUGUCUGAUGUUGCGCUGUUUCAUUGUGGUAUCAAAAUGGAUAAAACUACAAGAGAUUAUUUUGCAUCUACAAACAAACAAGAUGUUAUCGACAAGUUCCAAUUGCUGGUCAAUUAUUGUGCAACUGAUGUCAUUACCACUAGUAAAGUGUUCGAUAAAGUUUUUCCUUCUUUCAUGAAAAAAUGCCCUCAUCCUGUAUCAUUCGGAGGCCUCAAAGCCCUAAGCUCUUGUAUCCUACCGACAGAUCAAAUUAAAUGGCAGAAUUAUAUUAAAAAUUCAGAAAACAAGUACCAGGACUCAAAGAAGGUAAUUGACGAUAAGAUUAUUGAAAUAGUACAAGAGACUGUAAAACUAAAGGAUCAAAAGGGCUUCCAAGAUGUUAUAAAAACAAAUCCUUGGCUGAGACAAUUGGACUGGGAAAUAAAACCACUAAGAUUGACCAAAAAAGGAGUCCCUGUAAAAAACCAAAAAUUACCUGGCUACCCGGAGUGGUAUAGGUCACUAUUCCCAAAUAAAGAGGCCGAGCUACCUCAAAUAACCAUGAGGUCAAGAAUCAUUCCUCUAUUUUUCAAACUAUCAUGGGAAGAUUCACCCGUGAUUUGGACUGAAGAUUGUGGUUGGUGCUUCAUAAAACCUAAAUCUCAAGAGAAACAAUACAAGGAUAAGAAUUACAGACUUGCUGAUGAGGCAACUAUCAAGAACCAUUUUGAGAAACUAGUUGAAAUGGGUCAAUAUAAAAAAACAGAUAUUGGCAAUGACUUACUUUUCAAAGUUCCUCACCCUAAUGGCCCUGACAACAACUGUACAACACUAUUGAGCAAACCCUAUGUGCACUUCUUUGAGAAAGGAAUUUUAAAAUCAGAAUCUGAAUUAGCUUCUAUUGCUUUGAAAAUGAAUGCGUCGGGAUCAUAUUGGAUGUCUGCUAGAGAAAGAAUCAUGUCUCAAUUUGUUGUACCCAAAGAAGACUUUCCUGAACAAUUCCUACCAAUUAAAGUAGGCAAGGAUCUAAAACCAACUGAAAGUUCACAAGCCAUCAUUAUUCCGCAGAUCAUUCCAAUGGGGACAGUAACAAGAAGAGCGGUGGAAAGCACAUGGCUCACUGCGUCAAACGCAAAGAAAAACAGAAUUGGCUCAGAGUUAAAAGCACAAAUUUGUGCUCCCGAAGGAUACUCAUUUGUUGGUGCUGAUGUUGAUAGUGAAGAACUAUGGAUUGCCUCAUUAUUCGGUGAUUCUGUGCUGCGAAUACAUGGCGGUACUCCAAUAGGAUGGAUGUGCCUUGAAGGUACAAAAGCAGAAGGAAGUGAUUUACAUACCAAAACCGCCCAAAUAUUAAGUUGUGACAGGAAUGAGGCGAAAAUUUUCAAUUAUGGUAGAAUAUAUGGUGCUGGUGUUAAAUUUGCUUCGCAGCUAUUAAAGAAAUUCAACCCAACUUUGAGCGAAAAGGAGGCAAAGGAAACAGCAGUGAAGUUAUAUGAAAGCACUAAGGGUAAGACUAAAAGAUCUAAAGUUUUUAAGAAAUUUUGGUAUGGAGGUUCUGAGUCAAUACUUUUUAAUAAAUUAGAGAGCAUUGCUGAACAAGAUAAUCCCAUGACACCGGUUUUAGGCUGUGGUAUCACUAACUCACUGAUGAAGCAAAACUUAAAAGCUAAUUCAUUCCUACCAUCUAGAGUUAACUGGGCAAUCCAAUCAUCUGGUGUUGAUUAUCUACAUCUAUUGUGCUGCUCCAUGAACUAUCUCAUUUCAAUGUAUAACAUUGAAGCACGCCUGAUAAUAUCAAUCCAUGAUGAAAUUAGAUAUUUGGUGGCGGAUAAAGACAAAUAUAAGCUCGCACUAGCUCUGCAAAUAAGUAAUUUAUGGACUCGAGCGAUGUUUGCAGAGCAAAUGGGAAUACGUGAGCUUCCUCAGAACUGUGCUUUCUUUUCCGCGAUUGAUAUUGACAAGGUAUUGAGAAAAGAAGUUGAUCUUGAUUGUGUGACACCAUCUAAUGAAAUUCCGAUACCCUUUGGUGAAUCUAUAGAUAUUGUAAAAUUACUGGAAAGACCCGAAUGCCAUUUAGAACUCCCGAGAGAGACUGUUGAUUUGUCCAAAUUUGGUUUCAAAAAACGAGAACCUGUAUUUGUGAAAUAUAAUAAUAACUAUUCUGCUGAUUUUCUGAAAUAUUUUUUAAAAAUGCAAAUUCAGACCACUAGUUGGAAAGUAUCAAAAUUAGAAGAAGAAUAUAUACAGAACCAGACAGAGAAGGAUAUGACAAAUGAAGACCGCUUAGAGUAUGGAUUCUUAGAUUAUCUAAGUGAUGUUAAGAAAGGGAAGCGAGAUAAAUUGACGAUUAUGAGCAAAGCGUUCAUUUCGGAUGCGUUAUCUAGCCGAGGUUUAGAUUUGGAUGCACAAUUAAAUCUGGAUCCAAGUAAGACUGAAACUAUCCAUAACAUCACAUCAGAUGAUAAAUCAAGGUUACAAGCUCAAGAGGAUUUUUCUUUAUUACACGAUUCUGUGUCUACCUUAGAACAUAUAGAUACCAAGUCUCCAACUAGAGAAAAAGCGACAACUAUAUCAACAGCUUCGUUAGAAAUCAAUACUAAUAGUAAGAAAGGACGGAGACGGACUGGAAGGCUAUUAGAAAGAAAAUACAACAAAGUUAUCGGGGGUAAAAAUGCAUUCGACGCCUUUUACGCAUCAAUAGACCAACCGAAGAAAUUUGUGGAACUACAAGAGCAACGCAUAAUCAAUGAAGUAAUACACGAUAUCAUUGAAGGAAGGGAGGACACGCCAACAAAAAAGCCCAGGCAAUCAAAGCCCAAAUCUACCACGCCAGUGCCAAGAGCCAAGCAACGUACCCAUCCUUUUACAGAGAACCUCGUCAAGGGUUCAACACAUUUAACUAAAUAA